AUGACUGGUUACUACGGUGUCAGGAGGUCCUUCACGGCCGAGCUGGAUUUCCACAAUACAAAGCAGUUUGCCAGUGAUGUCUGCUCACCCUCUCCAGGAUCCAAGCCGCUCUCGUGUGAUUCCUCUGCCGCCCAGGGCUACUCAGCACUCCUGGAUCCGUACCUCCCUGAGCAAUACGGGGAUCACUCCCGCACUGCUCCCUUCACGUCUGGUACCGGCUCCUUCUUCAGUCCUUCCUCGCUGCCCCCUCUCCUGCCAUCCUUCCCUAGUGACACGGCACAUAUCCUACUUAGAGAGCCCUGGGAACAGACCUCUCCAGACAGCCUGGGCCAGCCUGAUGGCCCGUGCUCAGACUCCCUCCAAACGCUGCCUGCUGCCGCCGGCUGCCUUUCCUCCCACGAGAUGGGCAGCACUUCCCCAUACAGAGGCUCAGCCUGGGUCCCAGCCGUGGCCGGAGCCCAGCCAUACCCGCUGCAUCCUCUGGAAGAGGUGCACUACUCCUCCAGCUAUGCCACCACCUCGCCCUACUCAUUCUCACCGUUCAUGACUGUGGCAAAUGAGCUCACUGCCAGGAUGAGCCAUCUCUCCCCCGAGCUGUCCUCAGAUGCGCCAGCCCUCCAUGAUACCACGUCCUGGGCGAAGGAGGAUGGAGGUCCCCUCUGGGGUGCAUACGAUGGCCGGAGAACUUACUGA